AUGAUUCAAAAACCAAUCGUCCCUUUUCUUUCUCCUCUUCAGACAUUACCAUCUCUUCAAGUCAGUCUCAUUUCAAAUGGACCCGAAGACUUAGAAAUGUCUGAGAAUGGUUCUAUUGUUCCUGAGAACCUUUUUCCCGGUCUCCAAUCUGACAACCUCCCUACAUCUCCACGUCUGGCUUCUCGAGGAAAUGUUAUUCAACCAAAUAGUCCUAAAGUACCAACUGUGCCAAUUGAACACAUUUCUCAAAUUCCUGGUAAUUUAAUUACAAGUGGUAAUGUAAUCAGUGCAAUCACCAAGUAUUUAUCAGAAUGGUCAAAUAAGACUGAUAAAAUAUCAACAGAUACAGAACUAUUUAAAGAAAUUGAACAGAGAACAAUGACUGAUAAAGAAAGAGCACAUUAUAAAAGAGUCUUGCAUGAGAUGACUGAGACAGAGAGAAUACAUCUGAAGGGUCUUGAAAUAUUGGAAGAAGUCUAUUUGACACCUUUAACCAAAUCAACUGUUCCAGAAACUGUCAAUUUUGUAAAACCAAUUGUUUCUCAAAUAAAUUUGCUUCUUGGAGCUCACCAAAAGUUUUUGUCUAUGAUGGAGAAAGGUGAGAAUGUCCCCGAAGGAGAACUUCCUAUUAUUGGAGCGGACUUUGUAAAGAAUAUUCAAUUCCUCAAAAUGGCUGCUACUUAUAUUUCAAAGUACUCAACGUAUUUAAUGGGUAUCACUGAUAUUCUUAAUAAAGAAAAAGAUGUCGUGAGAAAUCAGAACAAAGCAAAAGCUGAAUAUUUAAGAGUACACGAAGGAUCUAAAGUUGAAAUGAUCUCGUUCUAUUUAAUCACACCAAUUCAACGAAUUCCACGUUACGAAUUACUGAUCAGAGAUAUGUUAAAGGAUGUUGGUAAAGAUUUUCCCGAUGUCGAACAGUUAAAGAAAGCGUAUUUACAAGCAAAAGAGUGUGGGAGAGGUGUUAAUCAGACUCGUAUGCAAAUUGAAGAAGGCGAAAAGAUGACAUUGGUGAAAAAUGCGAUUGACAACUUCCCACAACUUGAGAAUGUCUCUUCUAGAAAAUUCAUUUGUUGUGGUCCACUUAUAGCACUUGAUAACAUGAAUGACCCACCAGUUAAAACCGUAUUUGUCUUUCUGUUCAAUGAUCUUCUUAUUGUAACUAAAGUGAAGAAAUUCAAUGAUAAUGAUAUUAAUGAAACAGAUGCAUAUGAUGCCAAUUUAUUUAAAGAAAUUUCAGAAAUUAAAACCAUUGAAGACAUUUCCAAAGCACAUUUUGAGUUUUCAAGGAUAGUGUUUUUCCAAAAAGGAUCAAAAAUGAUGCCACUAAGCGACAAUUCAAUAGUCAAAAAUGUCUUCAUGUUCAUGGCUUAUGAAGAAAUGAAAAAUUCAUCUGAAAAGAAAGGUAUGUAUGUUUUACUUAAAUUUUCUGCAAUUACGCCUGAGCAAAAGGAAUCGUGGAAAUCUGUCAUAAAUGACCAAAUUUCUUGUAUUAAAGAGAGAGAAGAGAAAUUGAAAAAGGCGCAAGAGAAGAUCCAAAACACGACAGAAGUAAUUAAAGUGGAUAAAAUCCCUUCCAAAUUGUUUGAUAGAAGUUGCUCAAAAUAUCUUCCACAAAGUGUUGGCAAGUUGGUAACAAGUUCGGGUACAAUUAACUCUGUAUUGAAAUUACUUCACGACACUUUUAACAAUUCACAAAGCCUUCAAAAAGAGGUGUUAGACUUAUUCGAAAUUGUAGAUAAAAAGGAGAUGGAUAAAGAUGAAGUUAAAAGAUUCAGAGCGAUAUUUGUCGAUUUGUGUAACAACGAAACAAGCCACCUUUGGGUAUUAAAGACGUUGAAAGAAGUAUAUUUACCAGCUUUGAGUAAAAGUGUAAAUAAAGAGCAAAAUGUGUAUGUAACGGAUGCACUAACACAAAUAAAUGUUAUGACCGACAUUCACAAGGAUCUCUUAGUGCUUUUUACCAAGGCAAAGCGAAAAACCGAAGACAAAAAGAUUCCCCUUGUAAUGGAAGAUAUUUUGAAAAAGAUUCAAUUUAUGAAGACCGAACUUACAUAUAUUGGUAAUUGCCAUAUAUACACAAAACUUUUUGAAGAGGUAUCAAAGAAUCCUAUAGUAGAAAAAGCCAUCCAAAAAGCAAAGGAGACAUUUUUGGACAACAUCAAGUAUAAGACGCCAAUAGAGUCGAUGAAUGAAUGUCUAAUGAAACCUGUGCACCAGUUAAUGAGUUAUGAAUUGUUCAUGAAAGCACUCUUAAAACACUCGUGGAAUAAUUAUGAAGAACUCAAUGAAUUAAAAAGAGUGUAUUUGGAUGCGAGACAAUGCCACAAAGAUGCUUUAAAAACAAAAACUCAACUUGAAGAAAAAGAAAAGACACAAACAAUUUUGGAUCUUUUUGAGACGCCACUCAAUUUAGACAACGAACAGAACGACAGCGAAGAACAUGAGAUUAGAUUCAAGUGUUCUGGCCCACUCUUUAUUGUUGAAAAUUUGAAUGAGACUCCAAAGAACUGGAAAUAUUUCUUCUUGUUUAACGACCGACUUGUGAUGAGUGAAGUUGUUUCGUAUAACAACUUACCAAUUAUUGAUUUGGUUGACGUCUUUGGCAAACUUCGAGUUGCAAAAAGUGUUGAUGAUUUGAAGAUGUUCAAAUUCCAGAUAGUCAAAGAGUUCACGUUUAAUGCUGAUGUCACUCUAGAAGUUCAUCCAGUAGACAAAAUGUGUAAGUUUAUUAUAUUACUCAAAGUGCUACAAGUACCUUACCGACUCUCCUGUUCAACAGAAAGCGAGUUUGACGUUUGGAACUCGAUAAUAUUUGACCAGAUUGAAAAAAUCAAAAAUGGUGAUGUCAAUGAAGAACCUGAGACACUUGCAAUGUGUUUUGCAUGUCUCGCAAAAGGUUCACAAAAAAAUCCACAUAGUCCGAUUCGAAUUGAUUCUUCCCCAAGAAGAGUGACUGAAGUGUUAUCUCCGCGUCGAGCAAGAUCAGAAGACCCACACGAAAAAUUUGAUUUACUCAUGGAAAAGCCCAAAUUUGUGAAACGCCUUCCAACACAAGCAACUGGACAAGAAAGAGUUUUUUUCAAUAAACGAGUCGGAAGGCCAUCAAGCCAGAGUUAUCAGGUAGAUAAUGAAGAACUUAAAGAAGACUAA